UCUAUUCCUCUGUCCCCACCCAGGAGAGAUGGCACCAGCCAGAACACUAUUCUGUCCCUUGCUACUGCUUCUGCUGGCACUGUGGGUGACCCAGCACCCCGUUAGCGCCAAGCCCAACGGCAUGACCUCAGCUCAGUGGUUUGAAAUUCAGCACGUGCAUAAGAGCCCAGUGAACUGCAAGAAUGCCAUGAAACAAAUCAACAACGACUCAAAAAGCUGCAAGAACCUCAACACCUUCCUGCAUGAACCCUUCUCCAGCGUGGCCAAAACCUGUCAGACCCAAAACAAACAAUGCAAGAAUGGGCGGAAUAACUGCCACCAGAGCCCAAAGCCAGUGUCCUUGACCAACUGUAAGCACACCUCUGGAACGUACCCGAACUGCAACUACAAAAAUGAGCAAAAGAACGCAUACUACAUCAUCGCCUGCGACCCAAAGGAUAAUCAGAAUAAAGAGCUGCUUCCUGUGCACUUGGAUAGUGUCAUCUAA